AAUGAUUAUCGGCUUGUUCUAUAAGAUCAAACUUAGAAUCAAACAAAAUUAGUAAAGUAUUAUUGAAAUUCAGAUAAUUUUGGUAAAUUAAGUGAUAAAAGAACUAUACUUCUUAUUCUAUUACUAUAAACAAGUUACUUCUCAGGAAUAUAAAGUUCUACAAUUUCCAAAGUGAGACCUACUUCAAAUAAAGAAAACCGUAAAGUUUUACUUAAGAAUAAUCUCCAUUGAAUAGUUUACAUGACAAAUAUCAUUUAUACUUAUAGGAAAUGGGAAGAAUUGUUUUUAUUUUAGAUCUCUACAAUUUUAUAAACAUUAUACAUAAUCUUAGCAUUAUUGGGGAAAGAAGUAAAUAUAAAAGGCCAGGGUAAAG